AUGCUCUCCAUACUCGCCGAUUACUUCUUCCGCCGUCGAUCACGCAAGUUAAAUGCAAUGUCUCUGCCCCCUGCGAAUUCGGCCACUGCCGUUCCGAGGUUAAGCGACUCUGUAUACGAACUUCACAAGCCAGGAGUUGAAUCACUGCUGGACGUUGUACUCUUUCAUGGCUUACAAUCGUCACACACCUCUGUAGCUCACUUAUCAACAUGGAGGUCACGCGGUUGGCAAAAGGAAGUAUGGCCGAUGACCUGGCUCCCGGAAGAGUUUCCUGGAGCUCGGAUUCGGUCUGUCACUUACGAUGCUUGUACCACAACAUCAGCAGAGCGUGGAAGAUUAGACCUCUACUGCACAGCCGAAAGUUUGAUCCAAGAUCUUAUAUUUGCAAAGUUGGGGCAGGAUCCUUGGCGUCCAGUUAUACUUGUCGGUCAUGGUUACGGAGGCUUGGUGAUAAAACAAAUGUGCCUCCGCGCGCGCUUCAGAGAAAGCUUGCACCUCUCAAACGAGGAACAAAUGGCUGGAUUUCUCAACUGCGUCAAAGGAAUUUUCUUCUAUGGAACUCCCCAUCACGGAAUGUCAAAUUUCUUGAGUCCAAAUGGAACACACCUGAAAGAUGCUAGCCCUCUAGUGGACUAUGUGAAGCUGCUUUGCGCAGAAUCAGCUCGCCUUCAUCAAGAUUUUGAUGUUUUACGGCGGUCCUACAAGUGGAGCAUUGCUGGAGUCGGAGAAUCAAAACCUACUAUUACCGAAGCGGGGUCUCAAAAUGCUGUCGCAGUUAGCAGUAAGAUGAUAGUAGUCGAGGCUUCAGCUCGGUACGGCGACUUCACUGUGGUGGAGCGUGAGGAUCAUGUCUCUCUCUGCCAGCCCGAGAGCAGGACUUCAAUGACUUACAUACGUUUGACAGCGUUCAUUCAAAGUAUUGAUCUUCAGGUGAAAAGGAAGAGACUUCUUGAUAAUUUCCUGAGGGUGCCAAAGAUGGCAAUGAGCAUACAUUCUCACCUCUUCGUAGAGGUUCAAAACAUCCUACUCACAUCUCCAAUAGUAGGUCUUUGCGGCAUGGGCGGUAUAGGGAAAACAACUCUCGCGAAGCUGUUGUUUAACGAAUUGUGUGCUGGAUUUGAAUACACUUGUUUCGUUUCUGGAUGUAAACUGAAGGGAGAUGACAAGGAAGUAGAGCGCGUAGUGUAUUCGUUUAUGCAUCACAAUGGCAAACAGGUUGCAGAAAGUGGGGAAAACAAGGAGUGGAAACGGACUGCUUUGAACCGGAAAACCCUUCUCCUCGUUCUGGAUGAUAUUGACAAUGAUAGCCAUGUUGAACUUCUCAAGGACAUCUCUUGGAUAAAUAAUUGA